AUGGUGGAGAGACAGAUUGAGAUGGUUUUUGAGGAGGAGGUGUUAGAUUCGGGGUUUGUAGAAGAAAGAAUGGACUUUGAAGAUGCGGCGGCAGAACAGUUUUUUUCCCCCGACCUGACCAAGCGAAGCAACAAAGGAAGGAAGUCGAUUGAUCAACUACCCGAGACAACGCCGGAACGUCUUCAUCAUUUAGCCUCCAAGAGCAACACCAACACCGUCCAGGAAGUAUCCACUACCCUCCUGAAGUGCAAUGUGUUUAACAAGAUUGAUGAGUUUGAGGAGGAGGAGAAGGGGAACUACUGUGGGAAAGACUUUGAAGAUAUGGGAGGCUACAUUUAUAAUGAAUUAUUUGAAGUGGAUGGUAGGAAGAGAAAGAAUAAAGAUGCGACGACUCCUCAAACUAACGAAGACAAUUCUUCAACUAGCCAAGACAAACGAGUGACUCAAGCCCAACAUGAUGUCAAGUUUAAUGAGCUGAGAAAGGAUAUGAAGGAGCUGACAAGGGAUGUAAAUGAGCUUAAAACUGAAAUGAAGAUCAUCAAAGAGGAUCAACGUGUUAUGUUCAAUCACAUAAUCAAAUUAUUGAGUGAAAUAAAACAACAGAAAAAUGUCGAUUCAGAUUCAGUGGAGAAGGAGUUGGAGUUGAAGAGUCAUGAUGAUGGGUUGGAGAUGAACAAAGAUGUUGCUGAUAGGUUGAAUGAUGAUGGGUUGGAGAUGUACAAAGAUGUUGAUGAUGGGUUGAAUGAUGAUGGGUUGGAGAUGAAUAAAAAUGUUGUUGAUGGGUUGGAGAAGAACAAAGAUAAAGAAGAUAUUGUUGAUGCUGAUGUUGAGAAGGAAAACAACGAAAUUGUUGAUGUUGAUUUUGAUGUUGAAAAGGAAAACAAAGAUAUUUCUGAUGUUGAUGUUGAGAAGGAAAACAAAGAUGUUGAUGUGUUUGUUGAUGAUGGAUUGGAGAAGAAAAAAGAUAUUGCUGAUGUGUUUGUUGAUGAUGGAUUGGAGAAGAAAGAAGAUAUUGUUGAUGAAAACAAAGAUGAUGGUGUUGAUGUUCUGAAUGACUUGGAAAAGAAGGAAAACAAAGAUGAUGAUGUUGAUGUCCUGAAUGAGUUGAAAAAGAAGGAGGUUGAGUUGAAGAUGGACGACAAUGAAGAUUUGGCCACGAAGAAGAAAGAGUUCGCCACGAAAAAGGAGUUGGGCACGUAG